AUGGUAUGCGGCACAAAUGAUGUGGCAAAAAAUGAAGCAAAUGAAGCUUUGACUUUAAUAACUGAAACCUUGGACAGAGCUACAAAUACAAAUAUCAUUUUAGUAGACCUCCCACACCGUUAUGACCUGGCUAGUUGGUCCUGUGUCAACAAAGAAGUUGAAAAGACAAAUAAGCGCCUCGAAGAGCUCAGUGGCAAGUACUCCAACGUCACACUAGUGAAAUCUAGUAAAGCAGAGAGAGCUUUACACACCCGUCAAGGUCUCCACUUAAAUUUUUGGGGAAAGAAGUGGUUAGCUGAAGUAGUAGCAAAAGCCAUUACUGCCAAGAAGGAUCCUAACCACAGGCUGUGCCUACGAGAUGUGCAACCUCCUCCUCCAGGUUAUACGGCUCUCCAUCUGGCAGUAAAAUGGAAGAAAGCCAAGCUUGUUUAUCAUUUAUGCAAGAAUUCAGACAACACGCAACUCAAAGACUUCAUCAACUGUAGAGACAAUGAUGGAAACACACCUCUACACCUAGCAGUCAUCUCUCGUUCCAAGGAUGUCAUUGUGGAACUCUUGAAGUUUGAGGAGCUAAACAUCAAUGCCAAGAACUUUGUAAGUCAAACACCACUAGCGUUGGUGUGGGGAAAGAACGAUACGGAUGCUAAGCUUAUUCAAGAAAUACUACUCGCUUCCAAGGCUGAUCCAUUGCUCAUUAAAUUUGUAAAUGAGUCAGAAGAAGGCUCUGAAGAUGAAGAGGAUGAUUCACAAGAAGAUUAUCUCCCUUUAACAUAUUAUGAAGAUAUGGCUUAUCCAUCACCCACUGUAUCUGAAGAUGAGUCAGAAGAUUCUGAGGAUGACGAUGAUGACUCACACGAAGAUCAUACCCCAGACUGUGAAAAUGUGGAUUAUCCAUCUCUCAUUGAAUCUGAAGAUGAGUCAGAAGAAGAGGACUCUGAACAAGAUGAUGACUCACAUGAAGAUUCUUCCCCUAUGGCAGAUUAUGGAGAAGUGACCUCUUAUACUGUUGUCCGCCGACGCCACCUGCAAGUAGACGUGAAGCGAGAUUGACAGACUCUAACUAGAACUUAAGACUCCCUUACUGGAACAUUUCUGGGUGGUUAUUCGCUUCUUUUUAGGCAACUUAUGUAAGUGUAAAUAUCUGUUAACUUAUUCUAUGUAAGGAGAUUUGUGAUUAUUUGUUAUUAUUCAGUUCAUAACAGAUUAAGAAAUGAAAUAUUGUAAUUAUUUAUACUUAUAGAAAGACUAUUUUAUCUUAAACUACCAAAUGUGCUGUAUACAUAGAUUGUAAAAUUGCAGCAAAAGUUUACUUACUUACUCAAACAUAAGAGUAAAAGUAUACUAUGAAAUUUAGGAAUACUUUUUGUUGAU